AAUGAAAGUUGAACCAUGGCGAAACGGGUGCGAUAUGAUGAAAUUUACCGGGAAAUCGAAUCGAAUUCCCGUGCCGUUGCUGCCUGCGUUCGAGCGUACGAGAAAAAGUCGGCCAAAGCUGCCAAGUACAGCGGCAGUGUAUCCGGAGUGAACAGUGUAGCCUCGUCUUCCUCGGCCAACACAACUCCGACGGCUACCGGAAGUGCCCCGAACUCGGGACCACCGUCCGGAUCCGGUUCCCUAACUCCCGAGGUACCACAGGACCUGCAAAAUCCACCCGGUGGAUGCAGUGAGUUCUAUCAGCCGCCAGCAGCCGUCAGAGGAACAGGCUAUCGUCAACAACAACAGCCUCGUAGUGGAAGUUCCGUUCUACCCGGAGGUUGUGCCCUGAAACCGAAGGAAAAUAGUGUCAUCAAAAGUCUCGAAAGGCGCUACUAUCUGCUGUAUCUGAAGGCGUACGAAAUCCGUUGUCUGCUCGAGGGAUUGCUGGACAGCAAAACUUCGAGCUCGGACAACAACGCCAGCCUCUCGGACACGGACGAGGAACCGGUCAACAAACUUGCCCGCCUGAGCUGCUCCAAAUCUCUGCCUGGGUCUUCACCCUCAUUUCAGCAUGGCUGUUUGAGUGGCGAAGAAUGGGCUAAGUCGAAAAAGUGCUCAAACGCUGGAUUCGAUGCCGAUUCCGAGGGCAGCGAUUGUGAAGUUAUCAAACCGAACAUCAUCAACUACCAGAUUCAGCUUCAUCCCCAUCACCUGCAGCACGAUCAGCAGGAGCACCACCAGCACCAGUUCCAGGGGCCGGGUAGCAGCAGCAGCAUCAGCAUCGGGAGCACCAGGGCGAGUACAACAGCGGCAGCAGCAGCGAGAAGAUCUUUACCAGCGGAAGCCACCACCGAAAACCCGGACCAGACGUUUCUAUCAUCGAUGCCGGAAGCGGUGGCCACCGCCAUUGUUGCGGCGGAUCCUGCCAUGGAACCAUCCGACCUGCUAGACAUAUCGACGGCAACGAUUACGAGCGGAGGAACCGACCAGACAGAUACCUCGGCUUCGGCCGCUAUCAGCCCUCUGGCCUUGGUCGAUACGGUUAAGAAACUAUCCGGAGCGGACAUCAUCGAUGGGAUCAUUCGUGAGGGUACUGUAGCCCAGGACCUGAUCAACAACAACAGUAACGGCAAUCUGACGACCGGGACCGAAACUUUGGCGACAGUAGUCGGCAAGAAGACGUCUCCCCAGAACAAGAAGGUCAAUAAGCGCAGCAAACCCAACGACCUGUCCAAGUUCACCCGGUCCACUCGUAAAUCGAAAAGUUGUGCCAUAUUCUACUUUAAGCAUUUGGAUACGGACUCGGAACAGAACAAGGAUUCCAGCGAGAGAACAAAGUCGGAGGAAUCCUCUCCGGAGGGUGGAAGUAGCUCGUCAGAAGGGGACGAGGGUUGGGUUUAUAAUAAUGGAGACGGUUCCGAUGAUUUAGACCCGAAUCAGAACCCUGAGGAUGUCGUUGAGGAUGAAGAAGACGAGAAGGAAAAUAAACCGGACGGCGAGGAUCGACAGGAUGGAUUAAAGAUGGUCAAAUCCGUUUCUAUUGGGACGAAUUCGGUUGGCGUCGGGGGAGGAAGUCUGCGGGAGCUAAAAUCGAAGAAGUGCUUGGACUUUUCCGGAGUAGAUUUGAGCUCCCGGGCACUGAUGAUGACUUCAAUUGGAGCAUACAGGAACAGUACGGAAUCGGUGGAAAAUGGUGAUCCGAGGCAGCACUACGCAUCUAAGCAGCAUCAGCAAUAUGCAACGACCGCAAUCCAAAGGUUAGUGCUAAACGCCGAAACGCUGGUGCGGGACGAGAUUUUCGCCAAAUCGCCCAACAAAAGCGGCGGCGCCUCCAAGACGACGCAAUCGUCGAACGUCGGGACGCCUCAGUAUUUGCAUCAUAACCAUCACCACCACCAUCAUCAUUAUCAUCAGCAGCAGCAACAGCAUCAGCGUCACCAGAAGAAGCUGAUUGUUGUUCAUCCAUCAGCAUCAUCAUCAUCGCCCAACAACAACAGCAGUGCCAACAACAACGGAAGUCCUAACUUUAGUAGCUGUGGCAUGAACAAUUCCAUCGCCGGCAACCGGAAGUCCCCAGAGAAGGGGAUGAGCAACGUUAAGAUCAACCGGAUUGAGGAAUGGCUCGAAAAGCAACCCCUGGACGUUGCCCCGGCUGGACCGCACCUGUCCGGUUCCGUUCCCACAACGGAUUGCGAAGCAUCCGGCGAGUACACCGAUUCUGAUUCCAUUACCCGGGAUACCGACAGCUCCGAAGGAUUGGCCAACUCUGUUGCCACCUGCCUUCAGGGUGACCAAACAUCCCAAGAACUCCUUAACGUGUAUCCCUCGGAACACUCGAACAUUUCGAACGACGAGGUCGAAUCCAAGAAUGCGUCCCACUCCAACUCGAACUCAUCACUUGUAAAGAGGCGCCUCAACAAAUCCUCGGCCGAACGCCCCUGGUCCGUAUCGUGUAUUUCCCAGCUCAACACAUCGGCCAUCGAGAUCAAUCAAUACAUUGCGGGUGAGGCCCAUCACCACCAGAAGCUGACGGCUUGCUUCUCGAUCAGCGAAUCGGCCCUGAACACGAUGUCUUCUGCGCUGAGAGGUGGAGGAGGAUCGCUGAAGCAGCAAACAGCUAAGUCGGCACUGGCCGGAUGUGGAGGAGCUGGCGGAAGCAGCAGUGGAGGAAGCAGUCAACAGCAGCUGACGGCGGUGGCCCGGAGCUCCGAUGGCAAGGGAUCGCUGAAAAAGCGGAAGCUGCGGGCGCGAAGAAAGAAUCGCAUCGACGAGUCCGGUUCCGAUGAGUCGCAACCACCUUCGCAGCAUUCUUCGGCGCUUCAGCGACUGCAGCACUCGUUAAUUCUUCAGCACCAGAAGCAGCUGCUCCAUCAGCAGCACAAUCCCCAGCACCAGCAACCUUUGCGAGAAAUUCAACUGGCAGCAGCAGCAGCCGCAGCAGUAGCCUCCGGCAGUGGAAGUAGUGCAAGCGGCCGACGCCUCUUGAAAUCCGAAUCGUUCUCCGGACGCAUUCGCCUGGCCGAUGAACUAGUUACCCUUUCGUCCCUUUCCGGCUCGUCUGGUUCGCGGAAAUCGUCCUCUGCCCGGCAGACGACGAGAGGAACGACCCUGACGACGUGUACAACAACGACGGUGGCCACGACGAUGACCACGGCACCUCCAGCCACCGGAAAUGGAAACGGUGCCCUAAAGAUGAGAAGAAAAUCCGGCUCCCCGGACAGUGAAGAAGAUGAACAUCAACAUCAACAGCAGCUCCUCGUGAUGGGAGGUGAAGAUGAUGCCGAUUUUGGAAUGGCACGGCCCAACUUCAAAAUCGGUUCCAUCACCCGAGCUCGCUAUGGAUCUCUCAAUCUAGGAUCAUUAGCUGCACUGGCUAAUUAUAAUCUAGAUGCAAACAGAGAUGGAGGAGCCGGAAACGCCGCAGCAGCAGGAACAUCUGCAACAACAUCAGCAUCUGCAGGAACUGCGGACGGUGCCGGAACGGGCACGGAAGAGAUGAGCAGUUUCUCCGAACAGGCCUGGGACAACUACCAGGACAAGUACAGCAGUGAACCGUACUCGGAGGACCGAGACACGGAUGCGGCGCGCCGUUUGUUGUACUUUGGAGAUGACUAUCGGAACUUUAUCGAUUCGCAGUCCGACUGCGCUUCGUCGUCGCUUUCGGCGGCCAACAUGGACUCGCUGUCACCGCCACGAUUCCGCCGGAAUGAUCAUUCUGGGUUGGGUAGCAGCGGCGGCAGUGGAGGCAAGGGUCUGAGUCCGGAAUCCAACCUCAUCUUGGUGAACCGACGGAAGCGAUUGGACGAGUACCGGAUGGACGAUCGAUACAGUCACAACAUGCACUCCUGGUCCAGCAAAUCGGGAAGCCCACCGCACCAUCACUUGCUCGACAAAACCCUAACCGGCUCGGGAGGAGGCCGCUCCGGCAAGCAGCUCCUGCACCAGCACCAGAUCCUCUACGAGAGCCCGCUCGAUGGGUCCACACCCAUGGGAGCUGGUGCCGGAACUUCCGGUGCCGGACGGCGCCGCUCGCUCCGUUCUGUGGACAAGCACAACUCGUUCCUGCGAUCGCUUUCGCACGAAACCAGCUCCAGCUCCAACAACGAAUUCGACGAGGACAUGGAAGCGGAGGUGAAGAAGCUUCUGAUCACGACCAAGCUGCGCUUCGCCAACACCGAAGCCCUCAAGUCCAAAUCGCACCUGCUGAAGCCGGAAGACUACGAGGAAAUCAUCAAAACCUGCCGGGACAAUGUGCGCUGCCUAGAGACGGUGCUGAUGUCUCAGCCGGGAACGGUGCUGACUGCGGCCAAGUGCCAAGAUUUACGAGAUACGAUCCUCUGCUGGGAACGGUUGCUGAGCUGGAGUGAGCGGCGACAAAUUACGACACGCUUUCAGGCCGACAUCCAAACGCUGAAGGAUGGACUGGAGGAGCUCGGCAGCAAGGCGUUCGAUUUCACCUCCGAGGAACACAUCCAGCUGGCCAUCGAUCAGUUGAAGCUGGAGCGCAAGGUGCUGCAGGACCAGCGGCCCAAGAUGCUAACCCUGAACGCGGCGGUCCACAAGUGGAUCUCGGUCCAGGAACUGGAACGCAAGGAACUGCUCGAAGACACCGAAGGCAGUGUUGCCGGUGGGUACUCAUCGAUCGACCAACGCCUCGAACAACUGGACCGGGACAAAAACUUUGCCAAAUGCAUCGACCAAAAGUGCGGCACCUGCUACGAGUGCCUGACGGAGAUGCGCGAGGACAACCACAUCCACCGGGAGCUGAAGGACGGCAUCAGCGCCCUCUAUAGUACCUGGGAUGAGACGGAAGUGAGAAUACGGACGAAAAUCGAGAACCUGUCGAGCUCUCUGCUCACCUGGAAGCAGCUGGAGGAUGGGUUGAGUGACUUUCGGAACAUUCUCAACCGAGAUCGCGGGAAGCUGCAGGGCAUCGAAGGAGCCCUCCAAAGUGGAGCCGGACGAACCGACGAGAUCGUCAACAGCGUCAAAGAAGUGGUCAAAGCUCUGUCCGAGAAGGCUGAGCCGCUUUUUCAGGAGCAUAACGUAUCCAUUCCGAUCAACCUUAAGCUGUCGUCUAGUGGUUCUCUGUCUGAUAGUGGCAUUUCCGAUGGUGGUGGCAUGUCUGAUGGCAGCCUAUCGGAAAGGGAGAAGCGGCUGAGUGCGUUGAAGCGACUGGUCAAGCAGCUUGAAGUGGCACUUGUUCCAGGAAGUGAGGCCAUGCAGACGAUCACCAAACGGCUAGAGAUGGCCGAGCAUGAUCUGCGAUCGCUGCAAAAUACCUGCCGGAAGAUCAUCAUGAGUGAGAAGGGCCAGAAUGGAGGACUGGAUGUGUCGGGACUGGACAUUGAGGGAACGAACGAGGGGGAAAGCAGCAGUAACAAUAAUGACUCCAAUGUCAAGAAUAAGAACAGAAAAGGGAAAAAGAACCGCACCUACAGCCCAUCGAAGCUGGCCGGAUCGGCCGUUGAAGAGACAGACUCCGAGGAAACCCGCCUGGAUCAGGAAGUGCAAACCGAUGCCGUCAGCGAUGAGGAUGAGCAGGGUUCACUGGUGGUGCAUGAUGGAGACCACGUGGUCCAGCCCGGAGUUCAACCGCAUCAGCUGGGUCUCAUCCAGACGACGAAGCUGAAGUUGGCGCAAAACCGUUGGGUCUGGCGGAUUACCAAGAUCGCCCUGCCGGUCCAGCUGGCCCUGGUUCUGGUCAUGUGUGCGGCCUGUUUCUUCGAGCCGCACUGCUGCGAUGCCCUCAAUACGUACUCGAUGAGCUUCACGCCCCAGCUCCGGUAUAUCAAGGGACCGCCACCGGUUUAAUCGAGCAGAGGAUUUUCGUUGUUGUUGAUGAUUUUUCUACUUUUCUUUCGGAUUUUCCUCCCAGGGAACUUCGAGGGGAAAUUGUACGCAAUAUUUUUGCUGUUUACUACAAAUUUGUAUGAUCGUUUUUCUACACAGUGGAUAAUUUUAUAUCCUGGCGAUAUAGCAAAAGUUUGUGAACGAGUGAGAGAGAGAAUGUGAGAAACGCCUGUGCAUUACUAGAGAUAUAGCCUUUAAGGACUUUCACCGUUUUUAACCCAGCAGAAAGAGAAACUAUUUAUACAGAGUAGAAGUUUAUAUCUAUUAUAAUUAUUAUUUCCCGGUUUUAUUUUCGUUUAGCCCCCUAGGCGGUUGAAUGUUUCAAAAAUAUUAAACCAUUUCAAGUUACGCUAUAUCUACAUAGAAACGGAACCAGAAAGUUACUAACCGUUAUUUCUUAUUUUAUUUUCUAAUCAAUAGCAAGUCAAGCAUGAAGCAAACAAAUUCAAAAUAAUACCAUCUGCGUGCUUUAGAGAAACGAUAAACAGAAAAAAACCUAUUGCAAGUUCUUAUGCAUCAUCAUCAUUCAUCAAUAUUACCAUUUUAGUCGUUAAGAUGAAUAUCUACUUAAACUGAUACCGAGAGCGAGAGCUAUUGAAGUCAAAGAAGAAAAGCAAAACCGCACAAAUCGGCUACAACGGCGGAAAACAAUCCGUAAGUGCCUUCUUCUAUAGCCUUGUUUAAAUACAUUUUUAUCCUUUCGAUUUCCAGCCAACAGUACACAUUAUUAACUUAAACAUAAUUAUAUUAAAUGCAACUCGUUAAAAAAACAUUUUAAGAAAACAAAAAUGCAGCAGUAUAUGUUCCUCGUCGUACUAACGAUAGAUUAAAUUUAACACGUUCAUUUCAGUUGUCCCGUGUCGUCGUUCGGUUUCGUAAUCGCUUUCGUUGUAAUCUAACUUUUUGUUUGUUUCGGAAUAAUUAACCUUAUUUGCUUUGUAUGUAGUUAGUUUGGCUCAAAUGUAACCGACAAACUGCCCAUAAAUUAUAAUGAAGAGAGAAAAAAUUAAAAAAAAGUGUAGAAAAAAUUACCCCAUUAUCCCCUAAUAUGCGAAUAGCAUCCUUAUUAUGCACAUUUUCGGCAUUUGUGUAUAUUUUCGAACUAAUUUAUCAGCAACUUAUCAGCUACACUCCCAAUCGGUUUUAAGUGUAGUGUGUAGAUAAAUUAAUUUCCUCUUACUAUUGUAGAAAUCUAUCUUUUUUUCUCCCCAAGGGGAAACUGAAAAACUCUUAGAGAUUUCCCAGACCCCCCGAAAAUCGUGCUAUUUUGUGUUUAAAACAAAAAACCUUUAAAUUUAUUUCUCUAUCUAUACAUACAUAUAUUCAAUCUAUUCUAAGUUUGUUCUUAAAUGGAAAAACAAAAUCGAAAUUAAAACAAAACAAAAACUAACGAGCAAUAAUAUUGAAGAAAAAAAACUAAAGUGGGAGAUAAGAGUAUUGGAAUUGGCGAAUAAAUGUUUAUUUUUUAAC